CUCUACCUGUCUCCGUCGGUAGGCGGUGUUAAGGGGGGGUGUGAUGGAGCGGGCGGUGGGCGGAUCCGCUCGGACAUGAGUAAAUGACGUCAGCUCCCAGGUCGCCGAGCAGAGAAACAAACAUGGCGACAGAGUGGAGCGGGCAGCAGGGUUACGUCCUCACCGUCAUCAUCUGCCUGUGGAGCGCCGUGGGCGGCCGCACGGAGACGGCGGCAGCCGCCGCGGCGGCGGGGAGCCCCGGCGGCAGCCAGCUGCUCGGCAUGCGGCUGGAGAGGAGCGACAAGCCGGCCAGCACCACGGACGACGGUGUCAUCCAGGUGACCGAGGAGAGCACCGUGCAGCUGCGCUUCUACGGGCUGCAGCUGCACGCCGGCGCAUGGACGCAGAUCCGCUUCACGGAGCUGGGCGGCGGGGACGAGGAUGAGGAGGACGGGGAGGAGGAGGAGGCUGCAGCGGAGGUGAUGCGGAGGAGAGCCGGAGCCGACAGGACCUGCGUCGACUUCACGAAGGACAUGAGCAUCGGCACCUUCAUGAACGUGAGCGGAGGAGGCACGUCGGGCGUGCUGAGCGUGCAGGUGAAGCCGCUGCGCAAGAGCGAGCCGCAGAAGGAGUAUGCGCUGUGCACGCGUGUGGACGGCAGGUGGGUGCUGCUGGGGGACUCGGACGGGAAGCUGCUGGUGGUGGAGGAGAGGCGCUCCCUGCUGCCGCUGUGGCUGCAGGUGUGCCUCAUCUCCGGGCUGCUGGUGCUGUCCGGCAUGUUCAGCGGGCUGAACCUGGGGCUCAUGGCGCUGGACCCCAUGGAGCUGCGCAUCGUGCAGAGCUGCGGCACCACCAAGGAGAAGAAGUACGCGCGCAAGAUCGAGCCCAUCCGCAGCAAGGGCAACUACCUGCUGUGCUCGCUGCUGCUGGGCAACGUGCUGGUCAACACCACCCUCACCAUCCUGCUGGACGACCUGAUCGGCUCCGGCCUGGGCGCCGUGGUGGCCUCCACCGUGGGCAUCGUCAUCUUCGGGGAGAUCGUGCCGCAGGCGCUGUGCUCGCGCCACGGGCUGGCCGUGGGGGCCAACACCAUCAUGGUCACCAAGUUCUUCAUGCUGCUCACCUUCCCGCUGUCCUUCCCCGUCAGCAAGCUGCUGGACGUGCUGCUGGGCCAGGAGAUCGGCACCGUGUACAACCGGGAGAAGCUGGUGGGGAUGCUGAAGGUGACGGAGCCCUACAACGACCUGGUGAAGGAGGAGCUCAACAUGAUCCAGGGCGCGCUGGAGCUGCGGACCAAGACGGUGGAGGACGUGAUGACCCCGCUGGGCGACUGCUUCAUGAUCCAGGCGGACAGGGUGCUGGACUUCAACACCAUGUCGGAGAUCAUGGAGAGCGGAUACACGCGCAUCCCCGUGUACGACGAGGAGAGGUCCAACAUCGUGGACAUCCUGUACGUGAAGGACCUGGCCUUCGUGGACCCAGACGACUGCACCACCCUGAAGACCAUCACCAAGUUCUACAACCACCCGGUGCACUUCGUCUUCCACGACACCAAGCUGGACGCCAUGCUGGAGGAGUUCAAGAAAGGUAAAUCUCACCUGGCCAUCGUCCAGAAGGUGAACAACGAGGGGGAGGGGGAUCCCUUCUACGAGGUGCUGGGACUGGUCACGCUGGAGGACGUCAUCGAGGAGAUCAUCAAGUCGGAGAUCCUGGACGAGUCAGACCUCUACACCGACAACAGAAACCGGAAGAAGGUGGACUCCAACAAAAACAAGCCGGACUUCUCGGCCUUCAAACACGAUGGCGACAGUAAGGUCAAGAUCUCUCCUCAGCUCAUGCUGGCGGCGCAUCGUUUCCUGGCCACAGAGGUGAACCUGUUCAGCCCGUUCCAGAUUACAGAGAAGGUCCUGCUGAGGAUCCUCAGACAUCCAGACGUCAUCCAGGAGCUCAAGUUCAACGAAAGCGACAAACGCUCACCGCAGCACUUCCUGUACCAGAGAGGAAAACCCGUCGACUUCUUUGUUCUCAUCCUGCAGGGACGGGUCGAAGUGAAGGCUGGAAACGAGAACAUGAUGUUUGAAACUGGACCGUUCUCCUACUAUGGAGUGAUGGCUCUGAGUACACCAUCACUGGCCGUCACCCCCCCUCUCUCCCCGUCAGUGGCGUCCCCCCCUCCACGACGCCUCUCUCUAAAGAGGUUUUCUCUGUUCUCUCGGUUCCCAGAGUUUCGCUCUCCAUCGCAUGGGGGCAACCUCAACCGCUCGGCAUCUCUGAGCUGCACUGAGCGCGCUCAGGACGGCGGCUCUGUCGGUGGGAGCAACACCCAGAUCCCGGGAACGCCGUUCCAGUACAUUCCAGACUUCAGCGUUAGAGCUCUGGCUGACCUGCAGUAUGUCAAGAUCUCUCGUGCUCACUACCAGAACGGUCUGCUGGCGUCCAGACUGGACAGCUCGCCGCAGUCUCCAGAGGGAAGCCACACUCGCCUGGACAUAUCUGUCUCUCUGCCCCCCGUGUCGCCGCCGGGGACCCGCCCCCCACUGCCCCUGGCCACGCCCCCUGGAAAGCACCCGCCGUCCAGCGUUCAGCCAACGCCGCCAAGUGGCCGCACCGCUGUUCCCCAGAGCACCUCCAGCCGCAGGCCAAGCCAGUCUUUGCCCCAAGCCGGCCCGCUUCCCAGCAACCACACCCCCCUCUCCCAAACUCCGCCCUCCUCCGUGAGAUCCUUCAGCCAAAAUCCGGCUCCGAUAAAGCAGUCCCCGCCCUCCGAUGGUCCGGACAACGGGCCCGGAGAGACCACCACUCUGCUCAGCGAGCAGCAGAACUGCGUGGGCCCCCGCCGACCCAGCCACCAGCAGCCACACCCACACGUCCACACCAUCAGUCACGCACACACUGAGAGCACCAUCUAGCUAAGGAGCCCGCUCUUCCUCUUCCUGUUUGCCUGUUGUGACCUGAAUUUUUUCGUCCAAGGAAGACGUAAGACCAGCCCGUCCUGCAUGCUCCCCUCCCGACUCUGACAAAAGACGAGGAACCGGUUCAACGACAGAUCAGGGAACGCGUCGGAGUGCGUGCACCGGUUUGUGUGGGCGUGUUCAUAAACGACGAGCUUUCCCAAAGGUAUUCCAUGUUUGCGGUUGGUCGUGAUGGGAUCUUUACUUCUCUUCAGUACGGCGGAGGUGAAUGGAAUUACAUUUCUGGUGCUCGAAAUACAAAAUUAGAUUUCAAAAAACCAAAGUGAAAACAUUUAAGUCCUCGCUAUGUUUAGGGUCUCCUUUGUCCUCCUUGAGAAUUAUCUAAUAUUUGCUAAGAUCACUUUUUUUUUUAACAUAAGUUGAAAAUUACAUUUCAUGGGGAACAGAGUUUUUUUUUUUCUUUUUUAAUCCCUAAUUCCAGAUUGUUCCAGUAUUUUCCCACUAUAUUCCCAUAAUUAUUCAAUAAUUCAUAUGUCUAUGAACAAAAGUAAGGAAUAAAAUGUUUUCCCAGGUUCUGAGCAGCACACACAAUUCCAUUCACCUCCAAACUUCUCCAGCGAAGUUGCUCGUAACUGCAGAUGAAAGUCAGUCGGAUCUUUUUAGGACCUCCAGAAAGCCGCAGGUGCGUCGCUGUGGUUUAUUCAGAUGUCUUUAACUUGUUUGCCUCUAUUUUCUGUUUUCUUUUAUCCAAAAAGUGAAACUACCAAAGUUAUUUAUUUCCAGCUGGCCUGGUUUGAGGUGGGUUUCAUGUUUUUCUGUCGGUUCGAUGAGCACGUUCCCCGUUUCUGCUCUCGUUGUUGAAACUUCAUCAAGUCACUGAUGCUGCACGUUUUAACCCAUUUCAUAAAUAUGACUCGAAGCGGCACCAAAUCUGUUGUCACAUUAAGAAAUCCAAUACUUCAAGUUACUACAUGAUGACCCUGACGUGAUAAAAGACAGAUAUAAAUAUAGUCUACAAUUUAAAGAUUUGUGAAAAAUGAUAUGUUAAGAUUUACUUUUUACUCGUCAAGAUAAUUCAAAACACUACAUAAAACAUAUUUAAAUUAGUUUUUUAUUUAUUCUUUUUAAAAAUAAUGGCAAAUUGGUUGGAAGAACUGGUAAUUUUUUAAGUUUUACUUCUUAAAAUAAAUACAGCAUUGCACCAGUUUCUAAUGGCUGUGGUUGGAUCGCUGUACCAUAUCCAUUAUUUGUUUUUAAAUUUCUAAAGUAACUACAAUACUUGUGAGUAUCGGUGUGUACUGUCUCUUAAAGAACCUUGCGGUCCUAGUGACGUCUACGACCGACAUUGUUGGUCAAAAUACCAAAAUCAAAAAAACAAAACAGUUUUCUGUUCAACGUUUGUUACUGGCAGACAGUUUUCUGGGGGUGGAGUCAAGUCCAGCGGCAGACUCCGCCCCCAGAAAACUGACUGCUGUAAACACCAAAGCCCCAGGUGCUGAAUGACAGAUUUAUCACGUUAAAGCUGCUCAAAGACUAAAUGACAGUUACAGUAGUUCUCACAAGAACGUUCAUGUGUCAGCGUCUGCUGAAAGACGAACUGGCCAGCCGUGCCGGGUUGUCCUCACUCAUUACAGCGGUAAUGAGUGACCUUCAUGUGGUCAGAAGCCGCUUUAAGAGAUCAAAUGAGUUUAAACAUUUUUAAAACUGUAAAUGUAAUUCAUCCCAAAAACAAGUUAAAAUGUCCUGAGAACCUUUUCUCUGCGCUCUCUUAUCAGUGUUUGGUCGUUUUUCUUCGUUUCGAUCAACAGCUGAUUGAAAUCAACACAGAAAUUAAAGUAUUAAAGGGUUAAAACGUGCAGCAGCGGUGGUCCCGGUCCAUGUUUCCAAUCGCUUCACUUUAAUGUUCAUCUUCUGUGCCCACGUCAUGUUCCAUUAUUAUAUACAAAUAUACACGGGUUUAUAUGAACUUGACUUCCGUUUGUUUUCAUAUUUGGUUUCCUAAACCGCAGUAGAUGAGGUGAAGAGGUUAGAAGGUUAUGAGGUGAUGAAGUGACGUAGUAACGAGGUUAGGAGGUGAUAAGAUGAGCUGCACGGACACGCUUGAUUAGAUGUCUUCCACUUUGAGUGUCUGCUGCAGCUUGUCGGACCUUGAGGAGUCCAGACAUGAACCGUACUGAACCGGAUCUCCGCUGCCUGCAACACUGUGUUCAAACUCCGGUUAUAAAUUACACCAGGAGUUUUCUUUCUUUCUUUCUGCUGAGUUCGAUUCAGUCGAUACUGCUAAAUCAUCAACAUGCGACACGAGAGAAGCAACGAGGGUUCUUUAUGCUGGAACCACAGGUUGAAUCUGCCUGUAAAGGGACUACAAGGCAAAUUAAACCUCACAUGAACAACAUACAACUUGUUCACCAAUAUAUCAAUUAUUUAACAAAAAUGAAACACAAGUGAAAAGAAAAGCAUGCGAGCAACGCUAAACCCCUAUCAUGCUCCACCUUUACGACCGGUGGCAUCUUGUCCUUCGUUCAGGGUCUCGCAUUUGAGUUUGGAACUUGACUCGGUGGUUCCAGACCUCCAUCCGUUAGAUUUAUCUGGCCUAGUUUCAAGCAGUCUUUACCUGUCCAUUACAUGUGCACAGAGGUGACAUGGUCCACUCAGUGACUGUGUGGAGACCAGGUCAUGUGACCGGGAAACAAAAUGUAUCAGGUAAAAACACAAAACGGUUCUGUUGUUUUUCACCUGGGUUUUUAUUUGGCGCCGCAACAGUUUAGUUUUUUCAAUAACGAGGACGACCUUUGACCUCCGCUGCGGUUCUUUAACUGGAACCACUUCCUCCAGACGGCUGGUUCUACCCUCACGCUGCCACCGACAUGCGUCCUUAACGUUAGACACUAGUGACGUCCAGGUUCCCCAAACCUCACCGUGAAGGGAAAGAGCAGAAACCGGGAUCUGCGUCUGUCAGAAAUCAGGGAAUGACUUGUGACGCUCCCAGCAGAACCCCGACCCCCAGUGCCCCCACUACCCACUACCC